CCUUCCGGGGCGGAGCGGGGGGAUGGGGCUGUGAGAAUGGAGCGGGCACGGAGCGGGGCUGGAGCCGGGAGCGCCGGGCCUGAGCUGUUCCGGCCCCUCCCGAAGGGUCCCGCUCGCCCCCACGCGUUCCUGGGUUCCGUGAUCCCCGUGGAUUCAGUCGGAUAAGAGACUUGCAGUGGCUUCCAAGGUGCCAGCUCAACCCAGCAUGGCCACCAAGAGGUUCGAGGGCAGAGAGCAUGCGGCGGUCUACCAGAAGUACAGGUUUGCACCGGGAAAGGAGCUCAAGCAGACCAUCCUCUCCUACCUGCAGGAAAAGAAGGCGAUCCCAGCGGAGCUGGCGGUGGAUGUGGGCUGUGGGUCUGGACAAGGCACCCACUUCCUUGGGGAGCACUUCAAGAAGGUGGUGGGCACGGACAUCAGCGCAGCGCAGAUCCAGGAGGCCAAGGACAACCCCGGCAUGCCCAACAUCUCCUACCUCGUGUGCCCUGCAGAGGAGCUGCCGUUCCAGGACGGCUCCGUGGACGUCCUGACGUCGUUCACGGCCGCGCACUGGUUCGACAUCGAGCGCUUCAUGAGGGAGGCCGAGCGCGUGCUGAGGCCGGGCGGCUGCGUGGCCAUCAGCACCUACACCGUGGACAUGAGCGUGCGCUACGGAGACUGCUCCGAAAAACUCACCCAGAUCUUCAGGGAGUGCUGGGACCAGAUGUUAAAAUACUCACAUGCUAGGGUAAAAUAUGUCUUGGACAACUACCAAGUGAUCUUUGAGGCCUUGCCAUUCCCAGACAAGAAGAGAGUCACUGAUAUCUACGACCCAAUUCCCAUGACUGUGGAGGGUGUGGUUGGUUACAUGGAGUCUGCCUCUUCAUAUCAGACCUUUAAGAAGAGUGACCCUACAGCUGCAACAUCCCUCCUCCAAGAGACUGAGAAGAGGAUGCUGGAGACCAUGGGAGUUUCCUCUCGUGAGACCCCAGUGGAGUUCUUGGUGAGGCACGUCUGCGUGCUGGGCUGCAAGGGCCGCUGAGAGAGCAAACCCUUCUGACCUGGUGCUGCAAUGGAAGGAGAAGGUGGAUUGUCUCCUAAAAGCCUGCCUGUAACUGCUCUUACUCCUUGGGAGUAGUGGUGCUGAUUUUGCUGAUUGAAAUUUUGGUCUCCUGGUAGAAAGCAGAUGGGGUUUUAUGUCCCUCAGGCUCCUGCCCACCUUGCUUGUGGAGUGUGCCUGGUGCUGCUCCCUUGGCACUGGAAGUGUCCCAUUGUAGACACAUUGCUGGGUUAAUAACGUGGGGAAGGGAAUCUCAGAUGUCUUAGGUUGUAUUACAGGAUGUGACCGAAAGUAUCUAUUCUAUCACUCUCUGUUGAAGCCAGGUGGGGCAGUGUUCUUUAUCUUUUCCACAACCCGGAGGAAGC